GCUUUUAGCUUAGUUACGUUCCUAUUACCUCAUUGUUCACUUCGCGCUCGCGAUCCUAUUUCGAUUAUCGAUUUUAAUAAUCGAUAUAAAAUUAAGUUGUAUCAUAAAUAUUUACUUUAUGCCAGUAGUGAUUUCUUAAAGCUGCGCGAUUUAUUGUGAAAUAACUUCAAAGUUCGUCCACAAUGCCGAUCAGCAGUCCUGCGGUGUUCGGCAGCAAUGAGAAAUGGCGCAUUAACCGCAACAUCUUAGUACUGGGGUUUGCGUUCAUGGUGCAAUUUACAGCGUUCCACGGCGCUGCCAAUCUGCAGAGCUCCGUCAACAGCGACGCUGGCGCGGGCACAUUCACUCUCGCAGCCAUAUACUUCUCACUGAUACUAUCUAACAUCUUCCUCCCUGCUAUUGUUAUCAAAUGGCUGGGGUGCAAGUGGACGGUGGCGCUAUCAUUUAUAGCGUACAUGCCGUUCAUAGCGGCACAGUUUUAUCCCAAACUGUAUACGUUGGUGCCCGCAGGUCUCAUGGUCGGCUUUGGCGGGGGGCCGCUCUGGUGCGCCAAGUGUACAUACCUCGCUGUGGUUGCGGAACCAUAUGCAAAGCUUUCAGGAGUUUCAGCGGAUGUGCUCGUGGUUAGAUUUUUCGGCCUCUUUUUCAUGUUCUACCAAAUGGCACAGAUCUGGGGAAACCUUGUUUCCUCGGCAAUUUUGUCGUCAUCUCUGGGCGAGACGGUGACUUACCCGAAUGAUACGCUCGUGACAAGUACAUCUGAUCUUGUCACCAAUGUGUCAAUACCGACAGUGGAUUUCGGAGCCACGUGUGGUGUUAACUUUUGCAGCGGCUCUACUGGACAUGAGAACACCAAUCUUGAACCGCCAUCACCUCUGAAAAUCCAAGUGAUUGCGGCAGUGUACUUAGCCUGCAUGGCCUCUGCUGUUAUCCUGGUAUUCGUCGGCGUUGACUCAUUGAAAAGGUACAGCGGCGAUCGGGUGGGAGCGAGCAAGGGUAAAUCGGGGCUGGUGCUGCUGGCAGUAACCCUGCGUCAGCUGCGCCAUCGCUAUCAGCUGCUGCUGCUACCAGUCAUCGGGUACAUAGGCGCGGAGCAGGCUUUCAUGGCGGCGGACUUUACACAGGCGUUUGUUGGGUGUGCAUACGGGAUAAGUAACAUUGGAUUCGUGAUGAUUUGCUUCGGCGUGUUCAACGCGGUGGCCGCACCGCUUGCUGGAGCUGUCGUCAAGAUCACCGGCAGAUACCCUGUUAUGCUCACCGCUUUGGUUUUAAACUUAUGCCUGAUAAGCGCGCUGCUUCUGUGGCGGCCCAGUCCCGACCAGUGGCUAGUAUUCUUCGUACUCGCUGCUAUCUGGGGGGCGGCAGAUGCGGUGUGGCUCGUGCAAGUAAAUGCAUUAUCCGGGAUUCUGUUUCCUGGUGAUGAAGAAGCUGCCUUCUCUAACUUCAGGCUGUGGGAAUCUACUGGGAGCGUGCUGUCUUAUGCAUCCGCGCCUUACCUCUGCGUAAGGACGAGGCUGUACGUCCUGCUAGGCCUACUUAUACUGGGUUUCUCUGGCUACACGGUCAUAGAGGUUAUGGAAUACAAAGUGAAGAAGACUCAUCACCACGAAAGGAACUUUGAACUCGUUGCUGAGAAAAACGACCGAGAGUAAGGAUUACUUUUAUUAUUUAAGAAAUAUGAGCAAAUGUUUGUUAUUUUAACGAAAUUUACGUAAAGCUGCAGGUGUUUUUCGAUAUUAUAAAAGGUAAUCGCAGUACAUUAGACAGAGUUUUCUAAGAACUACACUUUCUUGAGAUAUUAUUUUACUGCUUUUGACGUAGAUACGAUAUUGUUAUUUAAAAUGAUUGAAGCAAAAUCUACAAAAAUAAAAGUAACUAUAUUUUUUUCAUCAGGCGCUAAAAAGUAUGAGUAUUGUUAAUGAAAAAAUCAUUUAUAUUACUGACCAAAGAUAUAUCUGCGUAAAUUAAUUUGCAAUUGUUUACUCCGUUGUAUGACAAACGUCAUCAUAGAGUCACAGAAUAUUGACGGAUUACUUGAGAUUUUUAACGCCUGAUCUCAUAAAUUAAACAUAUAGCAUAAACAUAAAUCUUUUGCGUGUAUCGUAAAUUAGUAUUAAAUGUUUCCACUAUUAUUGCAACGCAUGACUUCGUUUAAAAGAGAAUUAUAAUGGCUAAGAGUGAAUAUUUUAAAAUUUUCAUGGCUAUGUCUACCUGAAACUAGUUCAAAGAAAAGUUACACAAUGUAUAUUAUAUAUGUAAUAGUAUGUAUGAUGUAACUGCAGGAAUAAUAAGCAUAAGUGCUUAAAAACUUGUAUAAAACUUUGUGUCUCCUGGCGGCAAGAUUUAAAAAUAAAUUGACCUUAUGUUUAAGAAUAAUGCGUGUGUCCGUAACUUAUAAAAUAUUUUUAAGGGUUUAU